AUGUUCGCCUUCCUACGACCUGUACACCCGCCAAGGACCAACAACGCGACCAAGAACCCCAUCAUCUACGAGGAUGGCCGCGCAUCUGUCACCUUUGCCGGCCCCGGCUCGGAAUACAUCAUGACGCACCGCAUGCCGCCGACGACCAAGAUCCACGGCGCGUCCAUCAUAGAACCCCCAUUCCACUACCACAUCCACCAGGACGAGUUCUUCCACGUCCAGUCCGGCAGGGGCAACUUCUACCGUGGCCUCUCAUCGGAGCCAUUUGCAACCCUGUCUUCCGAGCCCGGAGUGCAGUCCAAGGCGUCCAUAAAAGCGGGGCGCUACCACCGCUUCGAGAACGCGAGCGACGUCGAGGACCUCGUUGUCGACAUACACCUCACGCCCGAAUCAUAUGAGAGCGAGCAGUGCUUCUUUAGGAACUUUUUCGGCUAUCUAGACGAUUGCAAGACGGCUGGCACCGCGCCGAGCUUCUUCCAGCUCAUGGUGUUUUUGCACGCGGCUGAUACCCCGCUCGCGGUGCCCAUUCCGCCAGAGUGGCUUGGCAAGGUCCUGAGUCGUCUGCUGCUUUGGGGUGCGGCGUAUUGGGGGCGGUAUGUCUUGGGCUACAAGACGUGCUACCCGGAGUAUUACGAAGAUUCAAAGUCUAGCGUGAAGCUCGAUAAUCGUGCAGACUCUACGUUGAUGACCGUCACCAAAAUGGCAAAUGAAUACACCGUUGGCUGGAUGGUUGCUCUUCCCCUAGAGCUUGUCGCCUCACGCCUCUUUCUUGAGCAGGAGCACGAUCAUGUCCCCCACGCCGAUGGCGACGACAACUCGUACAUUCUGGGCUCAAUCGGCAAUCACAACAUAGUUAUGGCCGCGCCUCCUAGGGGCAAAAUUGGACUCGUAACGGCGGCGAACGUUAUCGGCAAUAUGAUCCGCAGUUUCCCAAACCUACGCUUCGUUAUGAUGAUUGGCAUCGCCGGCGGCGCUCCGAGCCGGAAGCACGACAUCCGUCUCGGCGACGUGGUGGUCAGCUCUCCCAGCGGCAACUCAGGUGGCGUUCGCCAGUAUGACUUUGGGGACCGUGAGCAGGGACGGCCCUUCACGGAGAAAGGCCAUUUAAAUGCGCCACCGAACUGCGUGCUCAGUGCCGUCACUAAGCUGGAAGUCGAUCACAAGAUAAAUGGCAACAGCUUGCGCGCACAAGUGGACGAGAUGCUCCAGCGCCACAUUGGGCUUCAAGGGGAGCACUCUCUGCACACGACAAUUCAAGAAGUUCGCCGACAAAAUGAGACCAUGAUGCUGAGCCAGCACCAGACAGAAGUUGUAGAAUGGCUGUCUGCCCCAGCCACAUCGGUCAAUGCCGCUAACGCCAGAAAGAGUCGACAACCAGAAACUGGCCAAUGGUUCCUCAACAGCACUGCUUUCUGCGACUGGAAGGGAUGGGAACCAGGAUCCCGGAAGUAUCUGUGGUUGAACGGCAUGCCAGGCAGCGGAAAGACUGUCCUUGUCACGAAAAUCAUCGACCACCUCGAACAGCUACACCUGGAUCAAGAUUACUGCAUCAUACUCAGGUUCUUCUACGACUUCAACGACAAUAAGCUACAGAAAGUGGAUAGCAUGGCACGAUCAUUUAGCGCUCAAAUGUACAGGCACCUUUGUACACGACAACAGAACAACCUUGCCACAGAGCUGGAAAAGCUGUACAAAAGAUUAUCUCCUAGUGGAGAAAAGCCGAGCGCUGAAAAUCUAACAGGCUCUCUUAGUGCAAUGAUGGGAGGGCCUCUUAAGAUCUACAUAGUUAUUGACGCAAUGGACGAGAGCGAAGAAAGGCAGCCACUCGUAAACUGGCUAGGGAGAUUCUUUACGGCAACCAAUGAUCUAUCUAGCAUCAAGUUGAUCAUGACAAGUCGUCCAGAGACCGAUUUCAACAGACAGAUUCCCAACCUGAUUGGUAAAGACAAUUGCAUGCCACUUCAGAAGGCCGCUGUCAACGUCGACAUAGGUAUAUUUGUCGACUUCCACAUCAACAACCCCGACUCAACGCUGAGCAAGUGGAAGAAGCUGCCAGCUCUUCACAAAAGGAUCCGGGAUGAACUCUGCAAAAGGGCGGAUGGCAUGUUUCGCUGGGCAGCAUUGCAGCUCAAGGAGAUUGAGAAAUGUCUAGAUCAAAGCGAUGUCGAACACGCUCUGGCCAACCUGCCCAAGUCCCUCGAUGAGACAUAUUCUAGGACUCUUCAAAGAAUUCCGGAGCGCCAAAAAGACAAGGCAAUACAGCUGCUACAAUUCCUUCUCUAUGCUAUGUGGCCGAUUACUCUGCAACAAGCUGUGGACGUCGUUGCGGUUCAGAUUGGCGGCGGAAUUGAUCAGGGCUUUCAUCGCAAUCGCAGGAUGCCCGAACCUACCGACAUUGCCAAAUAUUACCCGGAUUUAGUCGUCAUCACCUCAAAAAGAGAGUUUGGUACGGGAGAGAGCCCUGGCACAGAGGAAAGCUCUGGCGAAACAUUCGUCACCGACGAUUAGUUGGGUCAUUUCGCGACUUAGGAGAUUUUCCGUUUAGUUAUUACGCAUCACACUAUCUUGGCGCGCAUGCCUAUCUAGCUGAAAAGUUCUCAGCAGACCGCGCAUUCAUCAAUGAAUUGGUCUCUCUUAUUGAUUAUUUCAGAAAUAUAUUUUGGCUGAAGGAUUUAAGAUUUCUGGACGACCCUCUGGCUUGGGCAAGUAAAGCCGGACUUUGCGAGACUUUGGAGCGCCUUUUAGCCACUCAGCGGUGGGAUAUCAAACAACAGGAAGCUUCCGUGGCUUCGGGCAAAUCAGACUUCACUGCAUUAUAUCUCGCUUCCUCUAAGGGGCACGAGAGUAUUGUAGAACUGCUUUUGCGGGGCGGAGCCGAUCUCUACUUUUCCACCAAUCGGUGGAGCAACCCCCUCCAAGCUGCCGCAUACUAUGGCAAACUUCAAAUGGUGAAGCUGUUGAUUGAUCGAGGGGCGGAUAUCAUUAGCCCAAGGACAGGAGAAAGUCUGAAGGUCCUCGAAUCCGUCGUGAAAACUGAUCACUUAGAUGUGCUCCGCUAUCUCCUCCGUCAAUUUUCUGACAAAACAAGAUACGGCAGCGUGUUGAACGCCGCAAUAAUGGAAGCGGCUGGGAUGCGAGUCCCGGUUAUGAGUCCGAAAUUGAGAUCCCGUGGUAUCGUUGCGAUCAUGCAAGAGUUUGUCAAUGCAGGAGGGGACAUUCAUUGUACAGGAGUGGGGAGCUACGAUAACACUCUCCAAGCAUCAUCGGCGGCACGCAACUCGGAAUUGGUCUGUUAUCUGAUUGCGAACGGUGUUCAAAUAAACCGGAAAGGGGGCAUAUACUGCACAGCAUUACAAGCUGCUGCAAAACGUGGAUGCGAGGAUAUUGUCCGACUUCUUUUGCAAAACGGAGCGGAUGUUAACAUUAAAGGAGGGGAAUAUGGUACAGCAUUACAAGCUGCUGCAAAACGUGGAUGCGAGGAUAUUGUCCGGCUUCUUUUGCAAAACGGAGCGGAUGUUAACAUUAAAGGAGGGUAUUUUGGUACAGCAUUACAAGCUGCUGCAGAACGUGGAGACGUGGAUAUGGUCCUACUUUUUUUGCAAAACGGAGCGGAUGUUAACAUUAAAGGAGGGGAAUAUGGUACAGCAUUACAAGCUGCUGCAGAACGUGGAUGCGAGGAUAUUGUCCGGCUUCUUUUGCAAAACGGAGCGGAUGUUAACAUCAAAGGAGGGAAAUAUGGUACAGCACUUCAAGCGACUUUAGUAGCCAAAAACCGGAACAGCCAGGAACUGGUUCGAAUUCUUUUGCAAAACGGAGCGGAUGUUGAUAUGUGGGUCGGCGAAUGGCUAAAUACGUCAGAGAUACAAGGUAUUAAACGACUUUUGGAACGCCGAAAACAUAGGGGAGGGUUUUUUGAAAUCGUCAAGCUUGUUAUUGGGGAAAUGGCUCCCCGAUAUUUCUGGUUUUUUGUGGGCAGUCGACAGAAAACUCUUUUCCGCGCUUCCCAACGCUGGCAUCGUCGGCCACACCCAAGGGCGGACAUCAAGAAGCGUCUAGGCCUCAAGAAGCGUCUAGACGUGAAAACGAAGACGGCAACACCGUUCCACUCGCGGUACAAAGUUUUAGUCGAGAAGCAUUUGGAACGCAUGGCGAACAAGACUGCAGUCCGCUAUUUGAGAGACGCACCCUGCACGACGAGACAACGCGCGAGGCACAGGGCGCUACGAAAGCGGUACAAGUGGAGCAAACAGAGGUAUGAACAGAGGCAAAUAAAGAAGAAAAGAUGGUGGAGGCUGAGUACUCGUCUAUUCUAG